UUUACGCUUGUAGGGAUGUCUGUUGACGUGCUGAAGCACUUGUUCCACCUGCUGGGCCAUUCCUCCACCUCCCCGGCCGACGUUCGUUAUGGAGGUGUUGAGCUGCUGAGCGGGCCUCUCCACACACACCACCACCACCACCCUCGCCCCCUGCAGGCGAGGGAAGAUGGUACCAACCACGUAUAUGCGGGCAGCACUUCGCCAAGCUGCUCACGUGUUGGUGGUAAACCUCCCAGCCUUCCGCCUCACCUUCUACCACCAGGUUCUGCUGCUGCCGCUGCUGUAGCAGCAGCGGCAGCAGCAGCUGGAGUGAGCAGUGCCAGCAGUGUUAGCAGCAGUAGCUGCAGCAACAGCAUUGUCAUGAGUAGUGAUGGUGUGGCACUAAGUAAUAAGGGCGUGAGAACAACUGCUACAGUGCCACCUCUGGGACUGAGCACAUCUCUGGCACCUCUGACAACAACAGCUGGUGCAAGGGCUCCCUCACCUACAUCCUCAUCUUCCUUUGCAGCAGCGCUUCGAUCCCUUGCCAAACAAGCCACAGCUCCCCCUGGCACAGAGAAGGAUGGUUCAUUAUCAGGAGAGCCCCAGAGACUCUCUCCUAAGGUUUCAGUCCUCACACCGUCUACGACAGGACAUAUAAGUUUAUCUGCGGGGUCUGCACCACCUGUUGUUACUAUUGCACCAAACCACUCCCAUGUUACUACCACUGAGGCAGAACGUGGAUCCGGUGUCAAUGAAGAGUUAGUGAGGGGUUUCCAACCCUACCGUGCCCCAGAUGUCCAAGCCACACCUCCUUCGGCCACACCUGGAGCAUCUCUACGACCUCCAAUGUCUCCACUAGAUCUUCCUCAUUCAUACCCUGCAUACCACCCUUCACUCUACCCUCACCAUUUAGCUCACCAGUACAGACUGGAGGAGCAGUUGUACCUAGAACGUUACGGGUUACUUCGGCCACCACUGAGUCCCUACAGUGUUGGUGGUCUCUCUGGCAUGUAUCCUGGGGCGGCCAGCUCCCCAUACCUCUCAUCACGGUUCCCACCUGACCUCUUGCCUACUUCUUUGGCCGCUCUUCAUCCAUCCUCUGCAUUGCUUCAUGAAAGGUUAAAGCUGGAGGAGGACAUGCGUCAACGUGAAUAUGAACUAGAACUGAGAAGAGAAAGAGAACUCGAAAGAGAGAGAGAAAGGGAACAACAAAGAGAGAGAGACCGUGAAAGGGAAAGAGAAAAAGAAAGGGAGAGAGAACGAGAAAAGGAACGAGAAAGAGAGAGAGAACGUGAUAAGGAAAAAGAACGAGAGCGUGAGAGAGAGAGAGAGAGAUUACGUGAAAAGGAACGAGAGAGACAACGACAACGGGAGCACCAUGAACCUGAUCGAAUCAAAGAAGUCUUUUUUUUAUCCAAAUUUUUAGAGCGAAGUCAGAGCCAUGAAAGAAGUAGAGAUCGAAGCCCCAUAACUCAGUGUGUUGGUAGUAGUGGUCCAGUGCCUAUUACCACACUCAGCACCAGUAGUGUCACUGUCACCAGCAAUGCUCACAGCCGCAAGAAUCAGCCGAUUGGAGUUGCAACACAGCAGAUAGCACAACCCCUGAACAUAAGGAGCCCAGUAAUGUUCAGACCCAUUAACGAUGUGACGUUCUUGGGGCAUGUUCAUGCUCAGGCUCAGACACAAACCAAAACUCAUACGCAAGCAACUGGUACUAGAGAAGACUCACUUAUACAUAAGCUGGACAUGUCUAAAGACACUAUUCGUUCCUCAGGAAAGCCUCGCACUCCAGCCAUUGUUAGGCCCUUUGAGUCAACACCCAGUGAAUCUGUUCAAACACCUCAGACUAUUACAAAAAAUAAUAGUGUACCUCAAACUGUAAAAACUAGUGAAAAUAUAAUAAGUCAGCAGACCAGAGUUAUAGUGGGAAAUGGAGAACUUAUCCCUGCUAGUGAGAUUAAGAAAGAAGUUGUUGAACCACGAGGCGUAUGGCAACCAGUGCAGCUGGAUAAGACCAGCUGCAGUCCUGUACCUGUUGCGUCCAGUAACAGUGUAUCAACAACCAUUCCCAACCAUAUUCUCCCUUCACCUGCAUCUGUCAAACCACCUUCAACACCAUCUCCACCACCACCACCGCCACCACCCCCACCACCACCACCACCACCACCUCCACCUCCACCUCCUCCUCCCCCACCACCACCACCACCAGAGCCUUCAAUUAGCCGUUUGGAUGUAGAAGAACGUAGAUUAAGAGAGUUAAGAGAAGCCGGGUUGGAGGUUGAGGAAGCAGAGGAAGUACUUCAGGAAGAGGCAAUGGCCAAACCCAGAGCUAACAUGCUAGUAUGCACAAAAGGUCCUCCAGCUCCACUAGAUGCCUCAAAAGAGAAAAUUACAUUCAUGAACACAGUGGGUUUGACAACACAUGCCCGUGCACAAGAGACUGAACUGACUCAGUGUGAGCGUCGGGCACGUGUCUUAAGUGCUCUGGAACCUUCAUCUAUUCCAUCUUCCCCUAAACACACUGACUCCAUCUCAGAGGACCUAGUGCAGCUGUUGGCCCCAGGCCACAGUUUACCGCCUGUGAUAACCACCUCUGAGGAGUUGUGUCUAGGUCACGAAUACCCUCAUAAGGCACGCUUCCUUCAUCACCUUGAGCUUCAGCCUCAACAUUCUCUACAUCGCCAGCAUGAAGUAGAAGCAGUAUGGCAACUAGUUGUGCAGGAGCGACUGCGCCGUUACCGCCAGGAGAGUUCAGAUCCACUGGCAGUGCGUGUGUGUGAGGCCCUAGAGCAGCUGCUGGCAGCCAAUAUAAACCAUCAAUCUCCAACACCUCCCAAUAACUCUCUCUCGGUUCCCUUGCUCAAGGUUGCUUCAGCAGCAUCUCUCACUUCAGUUUCUCAACCCCCAACCACUGUUGUUACUACAGCCGCAGCCACAACAGCAGUGGGUACCACUACCACCACCACCACUACUGCUGCUACUGCAGCUACAACAACUACUACUACCUCCACUACCACUACUUCCACUACUGUGGCUCCAUUGACCACUGCCACCACCUCCACCACCACUGCUACUACUACUACUACCACUACCAGUUCUUCAAUAUCUAGCACUAGAGCGAUGUCAACAACUACGACAGCACCUACAACAGCAACAGUAGCAACAUCCACACCAUUGAUGGUAACCACCAUGCCUGUCGCUGUAGCAACAACUGGUCAUAAUACCGUUAGCAGCUUAAAUACAAAAUUGGUGAUGAGCAGAGGCAGCAGCAAAGCUCCCAUCAAAGAUGCCAUUAUUAUGUCCUCAUUACCACCAGAAGAUGACCCACUCAUGGCAAGCCUACACGGGGUAGAUACUGUCAUUGAACAUUUCAUAAAAAACGCACAAGCUCAAGGAGGCAGCAACAACUCUGCUCUCUUAGAGCACAUAGAAGAGGUUAGGAGAAGUCAGCUGGCUGUUUGUCAAACUGCUCAGCUAGUGCAGGAACAAGUAGCUCAACUUGUUGCAUCCCGUGCACAGUUAGAGGCUCAUCGAUCAACCCUACAUCACCACUUGGCAGCAGUUACGUCCCUCAUAGCAAGCAGCACAAAUCACUCUUCCACUGCCACCACCACAACUGCCUCUGCUCCAAUAGGAAGUUCUCACACCACAAUGUCUAAUGGCACAUCACUCUCUGUGGGAGCUCCUUUGGCAGCUACUCAGCUGGGUGUAACUACUGGUACCUACACAUUGUCCACAGGGAACUGUACAACUAACACAGCCACCACUGCCACUAGCACUACCCCAGGACUGUGUCAUCCCAUCCCUCUCACCACCACCGCACCAACCCUGGUGGCUGGUCACCCAGUUACUGCUGUUAUAAACAGGAGUUUACAGUCACUUGUGCCAACUGCAUCUGUUAUGUCUUGGGCUGGACUGGCUUCUCCCUUUCUUGGUAGUACAAACAUUGCUCUCUCUUUGGAAGGUAAAGAUGGAGUAUAUUAUUCUCAUUUAACCACUAAAGACAACGUUAAAGAUACAAAAAGUGUUGUAUCGAGUGCAAAUGCCUCAAAACCAAACAACAGAAUAUCGAUACCUCAUGGAAACAAUAAAAAUUCCUCCAGUAAUCGGCACUCUAGCAAGAGCCACAAACAUGUCUCGGUUGAGACAACCAACAGUUCUCCAAUAAAAUAUAAUGGAAUACCCACAAAUCUUCCUAAACACAUUUUCAAACCCCUUCAACUCAGUGGGCCAAAUACCAAUACCACUACAAAUGCAAACAAAAAAUCCUCUAAAACAGUGAAUUAUUCUCAGCCUUGUAAUGUAACAGGACUUCCACAACCAUCUGUAGCUCUUGUGUCCCCAACCACAACAAGCCAAAAUGGUUUAGUGCCACUACCAAUAAUUCACAAUUCUGUCAGCAAGAAUGGCAGAACAAACAAACCUCAGAUUGGCUUUACUCCAUAUUCAAAAACUUCUCCCACCAAAGUAACACAAUCAUGGAUAUCAAAUUGAAAUUUAAAAUCUUGUAUUAUAUUUAGAUAUAUCAUUUUGUAGAUUAAAACCUCUUUCCAUCACAGGUGUCUUUUACAGACAUUAAUAGAACUUUGUGAAUAUUUGCUUGAGAGAUGUGUCUCAUACAGUAUUCAUGUUUUAGCUCUGCCAAAGAAUUUCAUCCUCAUGGGAAAUCCAGCUACUAGUGUGGAUGCUUGUGAUGGUUGUAGCAUAAUGUAAAAGAUCUCACUAGUCAGGUAUAUUCCUAUUAUAGACCACAUGGAGAUCUUUGGAGGCAGUAUUUUUAAACAGCACUUGAAAAGAUUCUGAAAACACUCCAAAUAAAACAAAGAAAUAUUUUUUUGUGUAGAUAAGGAAUUCAGUAAAUAUUCUAAUAUUUGUCCUUUAAGAAAGGUGAUUUCUCUCCUGAGAAUAUAAUGGCAAAAGGUACAAUCUAACAACAUUUGUUAACCAGCCAACACUUCUCUAUAUGAAAUAUCCUUAAUGCACAAAAAGUAUAUCCUUAAUGUAUCCUGUCCUAAUUACACAAAAAAGCACAUUUUAUAUUAUUAUUUAUAUUUUGUAUAUACUUUUAUAGUGUCAGACUUAGCACAGAUCAUUGUAUCUUAUUAUUUCAGACACCUGCAAAUGUCAGUACUGUAGUUUGAUUUCUAAGAAAUUUGUUGUAUUGUAAUUUUAAAUUUUUGUAAUUUUGGCAACUUCUUUAUUGACAUCAUUAAAAAUGCUGCACUGGAUAGCCACCCCGGCUCCAGCGCUUGGUCUCGGGCCACCACGGCUCCAGCGCUUGGUCUCGGGCCACCACGGCUCCAGCGCUUGGUCUCGGGCCACCACGGCUCCAGCACUUGGUCUCGGGCCACCACGGCUCCAGUGCUUGGUCUCGGGCCACCACGGCUCCAGCACUUGGUCUCGGGCCACCCCGGCUCCAGCGCUUGGUCUCGGGCCACCACGGCUCCAGUGCUUGGUCUCGGGCCACCAUGGUUCCAGUACUUGGUCUCGAGCCACCACGGCUCCAGUGCUUGGUCUCGGGCCACCCCGGCUCCAGCGCUUGGUCUCGGGCCACCACGGCUCCAGCGCUUGGUCUCGGGCCACCACGGCUCCAGUGCUUGGUCUCGGGCCACCAUGGUUCCAGUACUUGGUCUCGAGCCACCACGGCUCCAGCGCUUGAUCUCCGGCCACCACGGCUCCAGCGCUUGGUCUCGGGCCACCAUGGCUCCAGCGCUUGGUCUCGGGCCACCAUGGCUCCAGUGCUUGGUCUCGGGCCACCAUGGCUCCAGCGCUUGGUCUGGGGCCACCACGGCUCCAGUGCUUGGUCUCGGGCCACCACAGCUCCAGUGCUUGGUCUCGGGCCACCAUGGUUCCAGUGCAUGGUCUCGGGCCACCACGGCUCCAGCGUUUGGUCUCGAGCCACCAUGGCUCCAGCGCUUGGUCUCGGGCCACCGCGGCUCCAGCGCUUGGUCUCGGGCCACCACGGCUCCAGCGCUUGGUCUGGGGCCACCACGGCUCCAGUGCUUGGUCUGGGGCCACCACGGCUCCAGUGCUUGGUCUGGGGCCACCACGGCUCCAGUGCUUGGUCUCGGGCCACCACGGCUCCAGUGCUUGGUCUCCGGCCACCACGGCUCCAGUGCUUGGUCUGGGGCCACCAUGGUUCCAGUGCUUGGUCUCGGGCCACCAUGGUUCCAGUGCUUGGUCUGGGGCCACCAUGGCUCCAGUGCUUGGUCUGGGGCCACCAUGGUUCCAGUGCUUGGUCUGGGGCCACCAUGGCUCCAGUGCUUGGUCUCGGGCCACCAUGGUUCCAGUGCUUGGUCUCGGGCCACCACGGCUCCAGCGCUUGGUCUCGGGCCACCAUGGUUCCUGUGCUUGGUCUCGGGCCACCACGGCUCCAGUGCUUGGUCUCGGGCCACCAUGGCUCCAGCGCUUGGUCUCGGGCCACCACGGCUCCAGCGCUUGGUCUCAGGCCACCACGGCUCCAGCGCUUGGUCUCGGGCCACCACGGCUCCAGUGCUUGGUCUCGGGCCACCACGGCUCCAGUGCUUGGUCUCGGGCCACCACGGCUCCAGUGCUUGGUCUCGGGCCACCACGGCUCCAGCGCUUGGUCUCGGGCCACCACGGUUCCAGUGCUUGGUCUUGGGCCACCACGGCUCCAGUGCUUGGUCUGGGGCCACCACAGCUCCAGCGCUUGGUCUCGGGCCACCACGGCUCCAGUGCUUGGUCUCGGGCCACCACGGCUCCAGCGCUUGGUCUCGGGCCACCACGGCUCCAGUGCUUGGUCUCGGGCCACCAUGGCUCCAGCGCUUGGUCUCGGGCCACCACGGCUCCAGUGCUUGGUCUCGGGCCACCACGGCUCCAUUACUUGGUCUGAAGUACCAGACCAAGUAAUGGAGAUAUUGCUGAAGCAAUAACUACAUUAAAAUUACUAUAAUCAACACUUUGCUGAAUGAACAGUUGAACUGUCAUACCUAAACACCUUACUAAGAGGAAACAUUUUUUUUUCCUAAAUAUUGUUCCAUUUGUAACACCAUUCUCAGAGUUACCAGAAUUCCUUCACCUUCACAGUCUCCAAGUUACUAUAAUAAUUUUUUUUUUAUACAAGUUCAGUCAGCCUGUUUUUUCAUGCCAAUUCUUUGUUGUAAAUAACAACUGUUUCACUCGUGCGGCAGCCAAAUAUAUGCAAGAUUCUAUAUUAAGUGUUAAAAACCACUUUAUUUUAUUUAUGCAAUUAUAGAAAUGGUAAGUGGCAGCAAUAUCUUUUGUAGUUUAUGCAUGCACCAUAAAAAGUUGUAUGAUAUAGACUACAAGAACUGACAAAUGGUGCCCGAAUUUAUAAUACUGUAUAUUGAUUUUCAUUGGUCAAUCAGGAUAGGAUAGAUUUAGGAAAUAGUUUUUCUAUUUAAAAGUGCAAAUCAAGUGGACAAGUAGAAUUUCAGUUAAUACAUGGCAAUUGGAGUAAGGUUGGUGGCUUCUGAAGACUUCUAAUAAAAAGUUUUGAAUGCAUGUUGAACUGGUUUUCAUGUUAUUCAAGUUGAGGUUUGUUUUGACAAAGAUCAAUAUAUGUGGUUGAUGCAAGACCCUGGUGAGUGUGAAUGAUGUGUGCCUAUUUGAGUCAUCCCAUUUUCUGUAUCUCCUAUGGAAGUACUGUGAUGUCUGAGUCAGUGGUUUGAAUGUUAAGAUGGCAGCCAGAUAUUUGCUAUAAAGAAUUCAGAUGUGGAUGCCAAACUGCUGCCAUCACAAUUUUACUGACAGACCAAAUAUAUCACAUUUGUAUUUAUAAACCAAAUAAAAUGAAACACAAA